AUGGCAUUUCUUGAUAUUGAAAAUAUAGACAGAGGGGGUUCACUUCGCAUUUUAACUGCUUUCCUUGGAAGUGGAUCAGUAGGAAAUGACUUCAAAUUACACUCCAGUGAAGCUGACUUUAUAAUUCUUAGAUACAACAUAGAGAGCAAAUAUUUAGUUGAUGAAUGGCUUGACAUAAAUAAUUCUAUAUCUCAACAGUUCAAUGUAAUUUCUGAUAUUCAAGCCUCAGUUCUCCAUUCCUUUCUUUAUCGAAUAUUUGCUAUAUUCUACAAAUUUAGUAGUAGUGUAUAUGAAUGGCUUGGGUAUAAUAAAUAUCGUAUAAAGCUUGAAAAUACUUCUAAUAUUAAUUUCGAGAUAUCUGACGAAUACAACUUAUUGCCACAGAAUAUAAAUUUUUGGGAAUUUGACGUCAGGAGCUGUAGCACACGGAUAAGUCGUUUAAUUGUAGGAUCAAUAAGCUUCACUUACUUUUCUGAUAGGACAAAGCAGAUGACUUGUAUUAAAUCUCUUCGAUAUUCACUAAAGGAAUUAGUAUGGAAAAAUUUUCUUAGUGAACUUUUAACUGGUACUUAUGAUAUUUCACAAGAAAAUUGUACAACAUUUGUGAAUUUAUCCAAUCAAAUGUCCAUUGUAUUAACAAGUACUUUUUAUUGUAAUGAAACUGAAGAAAUUUUAUCUUUAAAUGGGCAUGGGAGGCUUAUUCCUUUAUGUGGAGAUUCAGUACAUCCUUCGAGUCCCUGUUUUAAGAGUAAGGCAUGUACACAUAUUCUGGAUCACAUUACAUUUACUCAAGCUGAUUUGUUUUAUAUGAAUUCUGUAUUUCCACCUAGAAAGGUCCUUGGACCAGAUUUUCAAGAAAUUGUGGUCCCUCUAGCAAUCCUAGGCGACUUUGAUAGUAAAACAUACCUUGGAGAUUCUGGUUACUUUGCAUGUUCUAAACAUCGUACAACAUUUAGAUUGGCCACUUCAAUUCAUAACCAACAAGUUUGCAAGGUGGAACAUAAUCAAUCACAUGUUAAUAUUGUGUUUAUUUAG